CCUAAAUUGAAGAAGAAGAACGUCACUUCCGUAAUUACAAAUGACCUGAAAUGUUGCGACUGCAUUCUGUGUUUAUAAUUAAAGCUGUACUUUUCUAUAUGUAUAUAUUCUGAAUAUUUACGUGUCACUCAAAUGUCUGAGACUAAAGUUUCCACGAGUGUUGCUAAAAAAACAGCAUGGUGUGAAUUGUGAAAAUGCCGGAAAGUGCGAGGAGGACUCUGCCGUAAACACUCCUGAGCUCGCGCCCAGUGACAGCAACAGUUGUUCGGACUCAAACGCGAGGAGCAGGGUGUUGAAGGAGGUAGGAUUCACCAGCACCGCUUUCAUUGGUCCAGCAUUUCCUCCUCCAUCAUCAUCUACAGCCAAACGUGACAUUGAAGACUGUCUGGAUGAGUUUUACAAAGAGCUAGAAAAGAGCGAUAUACCUGAUGGAGAUGCUGGAAGCCGGGCACAAACAGGCAAAGAGUCUCAGGAUGCGCUGAAAGAAAAACAUGUUAAAUCAACAGAAGAAACGGAUCUCUACCUGAAGAACAGACAAAGAUCCAGACAUCACUGGUAUGGAAAUGAACCGUACCAGUGGACAAGACAGAGGCCGGUGAUGAAAGGCAUUUCCUCCUCUGACCCAAACCAGUGGCAUUACCCUCAGCCACCAGACAUGCCACAUCAUCUCCCCAUGUACCACAGGCCACCUUUCCCUGAUCACACAAAGCCAUCAGAGGGCCUUCAUCGGUCAAAUGAUCCGUCACACAUCACCCUCAGUUCAGAUCAUUCGGCUAUGAUGAGCCACCAUCAAAACGAGCUUCAUUUUCCACCUUUUUCCAACGUUUCCCCCCAAAAUGUUUGCCCACAUCCACCCCAAGGAUUUUACUUAGAUUGUCCACAACACUUUCUUGGGGAUGGCGAAAGUUAUGCACGCCACGCUCACUCAGAACAUCAACAUGAGGAGUCGCUUCAAAGUAGACAAGAGUGGUCAAGGUUUGAUUUAGAAAAUGAAGAGUGGGAGCGACGGCAUUACUCCCAACCCCACAUGGAUGCUCACAGGUACCAGCCUUUCUUGGUACUAAUAUUAAUGAGAGGACUACCAGGAUCUGGGAAAUCAACAAUGGCCCGGGAGCUGCUCUCUAGUGGUCCCAGUGGCAUCAUUCUGAGCACAGAUGAUUACUUUGCCCAAAAAAACGACUACCGCUACGACCCAUACCUUCUUGGAGCAGCGCACGAGUGGAACCACAGCAGAGCAAGAGAUGCCUUGUGCGAUGGCAGGUCUCCCGUCAUUAUUGAUAACACAAAUCUUGAAGCCUGGGAAAUGAAACCAUAUGUCAAAAUGGCCUUGGAGAAAGGAUACAAAGUGGACUUUUGUGAACCUGAUACAAGCUGGAAGUUUGACCCGUACGAACUGGAGAAGCGGAACAAGCAUGGUGUUAAUCGGGAGAAGAUUGCACAGAUGAUGGACCGUUUUUGCUUUCCCAUAUCCAUAGACAUUGUUAUGAAUUCACAAGAACCUCUUCAUGUGCUGCACAGACACAGACCAGAGCUGACGUCCAGCAGAAGAAAAUAGGAUUGAAAUCAGGAUUUAUCAGCAAAUAAUUUUAAUUAAGGACCACAUUUUUUUUAUCACAAUGAAAACUGCAUUGAAUCUAUGUUUUUAUUAAUUCUGUAGCUUAAAGUUUCUACUUUUUUUUGUGUGCAAAAAUGUAAAAUCAGGGACUUGUAUUUGUUGGCUGAUAAUUUAACUGUUCUUAUUACAUGCAUUUUUAAUAACUGGAAGAUUUCCAAUGUAUUCUCUUUUUCUCACACACUUAUCAUUUUCCAAACACUUUCAGGGUCAAGGGAUCUAUCAUCCAGCCACUGUUGGGUCCCAGAAAUCCCGACCGGGACACGGAAAGGUCCCAGUUGGGAUUCAAAUCAGGGGCUUCUCGCUAAACUCUACAGAACCAGUGCAGCCUUCUCAAAAACACAGUUAUUUAAAUUGUGGUUUGGAAGUUAAGGCAAUUGCUGAAUACUUAUGAAACAGCCAAACAUGUUAUUUUUUUAAUUCUGUCUUGGCACGAAUGUGUAGUCUGUAAAUUUGCAGAUAAUAAAAAAAAGUAUUUUUAAGGAAAUUA